AAAGUCGUUUCUGGGUCUCGGCGAUUUCCGCUUCCCGCGCGUGCCGGGCUAAGGCUCCGGGGUGGGGGGGCCAGUGAGCGGCGGGCUGGCGCUGGACCCCCGCCCGGGUCCCGCGGGCCACGCCCCCGCCGCCCCGAGCCUCCCGGGGCUCCGCUGAGGUCCACAAUGUCCAGGAAGGACAAGGAACCUUUUUUUGUGAAGUUCUUAAAGUCUGUAGAAAAUUCAGAGUGUUUCUUGAAAGCUCUGGAGUCCAUAAAAGAGUUCCAGUCAGAAGAAUAUCUUCAGAUUAUUACAGAAGAGGAGGCUUUGAAGUUACAGGAGAAUGACCGAUCACUUUAUAUCUGUGACCCCUUUAGUGGUGUUGUCUUUGAUUACCUCAAAAAGCUUGGCUGCAGAAUUGUCGGUCCUCAAGUGGUCAUCUUUUGUAUGCAGCACCAGCAAUGCGUCCCCAGAGCUGAUCACCCAGUCUAUAACAUGGUCAUGUCUGAUGUCAUCGUGUCUUGUACAAGCCUGGAGAAAGACAGAAGGGAAGAAGUUCAUAAAUAUGUGCAGAUGAUGGGUGGACGUGUAUACAAAGACCUUAAUGUAUCAGUAACUCACCUCAUUGCAGGAGAAGUUGGAAGCAAGAAAUAUCUGGUUGCUGCAAACCUAAAGAAACCUAUUUUGCUUCCUUCCUGGAUAAAAACACUGUGGGAGAAAUCACAAGAGAAAAAAAUAACUCGCUAUACUGACAUAAACAUGGAAGACUUCAGGUGUCCUAUUUUUCUUGGAUGUGUGAUCUGUGUGACUGGCUUGUAUAGUUUAGACAGGAAGGUAGUACAGCAACUCACAGUCAAGCAUGGAGGCCAGUACGUGGGACAGUUGAAAAUGAAUGAAUGUACACACCUCAUCGUGCAAGAGACAAAAGGCCAAAAGUAUGAAAGUGCCAAGAAAUGGAACAUACACUGUGUAACCACACAAUGGUUUUUUGACAGCAUUGAGAAAGGUUUUUGUCAGGAUGAAUCCAUGUACAAAGCAGAACCUAAACCAGAAACAAAAACUGUACCUGAUACUUCAACUCCUACUGGACAAACCAACACAAUUAGCAGUAGUCGGACUCUUUCAGAUGUCAGCCAUAUUUCCAACAUCAAUGCAAGUUGCAUAAAUGAAUCCAUAUAUAGUUCAGUUCUUAGUAGCAAAGUGGAACCUGCACUUGAAAACUUAGAAAAUCUGGACAUCAGUGCAUUUCAGGCACCUGAAGACUUACUAGAUGGUUGUCGGAUAUACCUGUGUGGUUUUAGUGGCAGAAAGUUCGACAAGCUGAGAAGGCUUAUUAACAGUGGAGGUGGCGUUCGUUUUAAUCAACUCAAUGAAGAUGUAACUCACGUUAUUGUGGGAGACUAUGAUGAUGAAUUGAAGCCAUUUUUGGAGAAAUCAGUGCACAGGCCUCACAUAGUGGGAGCAAAAUGGCUGCUUGACUGUUUUAGUAAAGGCUAUCUGCUUCCUGAAGAGCCUUAUAUCCCUGCUAACUACCAGCCAGCAGAAGUUCCAGUUUCAGAUCAGCCUGAAAGUAAAACAGCCCUCUUAAAGAACAAUAGCUUCUCCAAGAAAGACCUUGCUCCUAGUGAAAAGCCUGAGCAAGCUGAUGAAGACCUGCUUUCUCAGUAUGUGAAUAGUAACUCAGUCCUAGGUGAAGGUGCGAAGUCUGGAGUUGGCUCUAUUAAUGAUUCUACUCAUAUUGAACCCUUUAAUGACUCUACUCAUAUUUCUGUGCAAGAAGAAAAUCAGUCUUCUGUCACCCGCUGCCUCCCUGACACUUGUAAGAUUACCGAAGAAGGUUUAUUUAGCCAAAAGAGUUUCCUUAUCUUGGGUUUUAAUAAUGAAAAUGAAGCUAAUAUUGCAAAUAUCAUAAGAGAAAAUGCUGGGAAAGUCGUGUCCCUCCAGAGCAGAAUUGUUGCUGAUUUUGCUGUGGUUCCUCUGCUUGGGUGCCAAGUGGAAGCAACUGUGGGAGAAGUUGUUACAAACACAUGGCUGGUAACUUGCAUAGACUAUGAGACUUUAAUGGAUCCAAAGUCAAGUCCUCUCUUCACACCAAUCUCAGUGAUGACAGGAGUGACACCUCUGCAGGAUUGUGUCAUUUCAUUCAGCCAGUAUGCAGGAGCAGAGAAGGAUUCAUUAACAUUCUUAGCAAAUCGCCUUGGAGCAAGUGUUCAGGAAUUCUUUGUUCGCAAAUCCAACCCAAAGAAAGGGAUGCUUGCCAGUACACAUCUUGUGUUGAAAGACCCAGUCGGUUCUAAAUAUGAAGCUUCCAGGAGAUGGAAUUUACCAGCAGUCACUGUUGCUUGGCUACUGGAGACUGCCAGGAUAGGCAAGAGAGCAGAUGAAAGCCAUUUUCCGAUUAAAAAUGCAUCUAUAGAAGGCCAACAUUUGGAAACUCAAAUAGCAAAUGGCAUGAAUCUAAAUCCAGAGACUCCAGAGCCACCUGUCCCACAUCUGGAACCUCAUAGGACAGCAGGUGUGACACCGCUGGAUCUGAAACACUUCCAGAGUAAAGCCUUCCAUGCUGUGAUUUCACAACACACCGGGCAGGCUCCGGCCUCCUCCACAGUAGGGCAGCCACUUCAGAAGGAGCCCUCAUUACAUCUGGACACCCCAUCAAAAUUCCUCUCCAAGGACAAGCUCUUCAAGCCUUCCUUUGAUGUGAAGGAUGCACUUGCAGCCUUGGAAACUCCCAGAGGCCCCAGCCAACACAGAAGGAAGCUAAGUACCCCACUCUCAGAAGUUAUUGUCAGAAACUUGAAACUUGCACUGGCAAAUAGCUCUCAAGAUGCUGUCAGUCUUUCUGCCAGCCCUCAACUGAAGGAGGCCCACCCAGAAAAGGAAGAAGCUCCAAAGCCACUUGACAAGGUGGUGAUCUGUGUUAGUAAAAAGCUCAGUAAGAAGCAGAGUGAGCUAAAUAGGGUGGCAGCCUCUCUGGGAGCAGAAUACAGGUGGAGUUUUGAUGAAACAGUGACUCAUUUCAUCUAUCAGGGAAAGCUAAAUGAUACUAAUAGAGAAUAUAGAUCUGUAAAAGAAAGAGGAAUUCACAUUGUCUCAGAGCACUGGCUUUUAUCAUGUGCCCAAGAGUCCAGACAUCUUCCUGAAUCUCUUUACCCACAUACUUAUAACCCCAAAAUGAGCUUGGACAUAAGUGCAGUGCAAGAUGGAAGAGUCUGUAACAGCCGACUCUCAACUGAUUCAGCAGCAAAUGAGGAGGAGCCAGAUUAUGUGUCUGUAGAAGAAAAUGAUCUAGACAAAGCCCCCACCGAUAAUAAAGAGUCAGCAACGACAGAGGAAAAAAAUUAUUGUAAAGGAGCCCUGACGCAGACCUUGGAGAUGAGAGAGAACUUUCAGAAGCAGCUGCAGGAGAUCAUGUCUGCCACAUCCAUAGUGAAGCCCCAAGGGCAGAGGACUUCCCUUUCAAGAAGUGGUGGGAACAGCGCUUCUUCAACCCCCGACAGCACUCGCUCUGCCCGCAGUGGGCGAAGUAGAGUUCUGGAGGCCCUGAGGCAGUCUCGUCAAACAGUUCCUGAUAUCAACACAGAGCCCUCCCAAAAUGAACAGAUCAUUUGGGAUGACCCCACAGCCAGGGAGGAGAGAGCAAGACUUGCUAGCAACUUGCAGUGGCCUAGUUGUCCCACACAAUACUCUGAGCCUCAGGUUGACCUUAAAAAAGUGGAGGAUUUCUCUUUCCAGGAGCCUUUACAUGACUCAGAAAUUGCUGAACAGGCUGUCUGUGAUCCUGAAAAUUUAGCUGUGACUGAAGCCCCUAAAAGCCCGAGCUCUGUAAAGCUGGAAAUUGCAGUAGAAGACACCCACCUGAUCCCCACGCCGCAAGCCCCCAGUAUUGCCUUUCCCCUGGCCAACCCACCCGUGGCUCCACAACCCAAAGAAGAGGUUAUAACAAAGGAGGAGACACAUGAAGACUUGAAAAAACAGUAUACAUUUCAGUUGUCCUCUUUGAAUCCUCAAGAACGUAUUGAUUAUUGUCAUCUGAUUGAAGAACUAGGUGGUUUAGUGAUUGAGAAGCAGUGCUUCGACCCCAAUUGCACACACAUUGUUGUGGGGCAUCCGCUUCGGAAUGAGAAGUACCUGGCCUCAGUGGCAGCGGGAAAAUGGGUGCUGCAUCGCUCCUACCUUGAAGCUUGCAGAGCAGCUGGACACUUCGUGCUGGAAGAAGACUAUGAAUGGGGAAGUAGUUCCAUACUUGAUGUUUUGACUGGUAUCAGUGUACAACAACGAAGAUUAGCACUUGCAGCAAUGAGAUGGAGGAAGAAAAUACAGCAAAGACAAGAAUCUGGCAUUGUUGAGGGGGCAUUUAGUGGGUGGAAGGUUAUUCUCCAUGUUGAUCAUUCCCGAGAAGCAGGAUUCAAACGUCUCCUACAGUCUGGAGGAGCAAAGGUACUGCCUGGUCACACUCUACCUCUGUUUAAAGAAGCCACACAUCUCUUUUCUGAUUUUAAUAAACUGAAAUCAGAUGAUUCAGGAAUUAAUAUAGCAGAAGCUGCUGCCCAGAACGUAUACUGCUUGAAAACAGAAUACAUUGCUGACUAUCUUAUGCAGGAAUCUCCUCCUCCAGUAGAAAAUUAUUGUCUGCCAGAAGCUGCUUCAUUUCUUCAGAGUAACAAAGAACCUGGGCCUGGAUUAUCACAAAAGAGAAAAGUGCCUACAGAGAAAAGUAAAAUCAAACGGCCUAGAGUACACUAAUCCUUUCACUCUUCAGUUACCAAACAUUAAUUUCUUUAUUGAAAGUUUAAAUUUUCCCGUAGUAGAUUUAUGGAGUAAUUUAAAGGCAAGUGCCCGGUUGAGGUUGGUUUUAACACCUUAAAUUUAAGUCCGUGGAAUAUUAGCUGUUCCUGAGUGGAGAAUAACCAUAUUCAGCUCCUUUGCCAACUUGUCAUGAAACACUGGAGACUGGGGCUUUGGGCUUAUUUAUUUCCUUGUAAAUAUCCGAGGCUGUCACUUAGUGGAAUUUUUAGCAAGGUGAUAGGUUUUACCUUAAGAGCUGUCAAUUGGGAUUUACUCAUUUUUUUCCCUGAUUUUUAUUUUUUCACCUUUUAAACAGAAGCCUGAGCAUGAGGUUUAAUAAGGAACCAAGGCUUUCAAUGUUAAUGUGUAUGUAUAUAUGUAUAUGUAUGUUUGUGCAAAUUCCAUGAUGUUUGCCAAGUUGAGUGACAAAACUUGGAAAAUAAAAGACAAUACAGAAUAAAAGUAAUGACAUAAAUUAGUGGUUCAUAUACAUUUUUUUUAAUGAAAAGUAUUCUGACAUCCAUUCUCGUUAAUUCAAUAAAAGAUUUGUGAAAAAUAGCUGUUAAAUUGUUA